AUGGAUACCCUAUCAGAAAAACCAGCCGGGUUGGCAGAGACAGACUGUGAUCGAAAAGUGAAACUCAACGAUCAUGAAGAUGAAACAGAUUACAAGAUGCAUGAAGCCAUUCUAGCUGAAGCCAUGGAGGAUAGUGCUUCGCCGGAGCUUUCUGCAGAGGUUCGCUUGCGUAAUCCUCUUCUAGGCUAUUCCCCCGCACAAAUUGAGGCACGCGUGCAGGAUUUUGUCUCGAAUAAAGGUCUUGAAGAGUACCAUGAGCUGUUUUUGAAGGGAGCAUUUUGCGCCCAAGCCCAAUCUACAGGUCAUUAUGACAAAGUUCCUUACCUUACAUCGGAGGAUCAUGAGGUUCUUGCGAAAGAAAAAACCAAAAAGUGGCACCAACCCUUCAUCUUGUAUUGGCUCGCUAUCUGCUGUAGUGCUGCAGCUGCCAUUCAGGGCGCAGAUGAGUCCGUGAUCAAUGGUGCCAUUCUUUUCUUUCCCAACCAGUUCGGUCUCUACAAGUCAGACUGCGACUUUUAUCAGGAAGAUGCAGCAGGAAAUUGUAAUGGACCACUCAAAACAGGCGAUAAAUUUAUUGACACCAAUUGGACAAGUGCAGAUGUUGAAAGAGAGAUGAGCAAAAACAACUGGCUUGUGGGUCUCAUUUCGUCGGCCCCGUACAUCUGCUGUGCAUUUCUCGGUUGCUGGCUGACCGAACCAUUGAAUGCAUUUCUCGGACGUCGUGGAACUAUUUUCUUGACAUCGUUCAUCAGCUUUGCCACAUGUGUAUGGCAGGGUGUGACAGAUACCUGGUGGCAUUUGUUCAUUUCGCGCUUUUUCCUCGGCUUUGGUAUUGGUCCUAAGUCUGCUACGGUUCCUGUAUAUGCUGCUGAAUGCUCGCCUCCUCUCAUUCGUGGUGCUCUUGUUAUGCAAUGGCAAACAUGGACUGCUUUUGGUAUUAUGCUUGGUAAUGCUGCUAGUUUAGUGCUUUUCCGAGUCAAAGACCCUGCCAAUGUUUCGAUUACUGGAUUGAACUGGCGACUGAUGCUUGGAAGUGCGUGCAUUCCAGCUUUGCUGGUCAUGUUGCAAGUCUUCAUCUGCCCCGAAUCACCUCGUUGGCUCAUGAAAAAAGGUAAAUAUGGCAAGGCCUUGCAAUCGUUCUUGAAGCUGCGCAAUGCUCCUUUGCUAGCUUCUCGUGACAUGUUCCUUGCUCAUUGUUUGAUUGAAGAAGAGAACAAGCACGCUGCUGAGCAUGGUUUCCAAAAUGUCACGCAUUUGUUUACCGUGCCUCGCAACUUUCGUGCACUGGUUCCCACCUCGAUCCUCAUGUUUGGUCAACAGUUUUGUGGUAUUAAUGUCAUUGCAUACUACUCCAGCUCAAUUAUCAAGGAAGUGGGCAACGCGACUGACUUGGAUUCACUGCUGGGAAGCUGGGGCUUUGGUAUGCUCAACUUUUUGUUCGCUAUUCCUGCUUGGUAUACUAUUGAUACCUUUGGUCGCCGCAACUUGCUUCUUUCCACUCUUCCUUUUAUGGCCAUUAUGCUUCUUAUCGCCGGUUUUGCUUUCUGGAUUGAUAAAGAAAAGACGCACGCUCGUAUGGGCGUUGUGCUCACGGGCAUUUAUGUGUAUGGUUGUCUGUACUCCCCUGGGUUUGGUCCUGUGCCACUCACUUACGGUGCGGAGGCCUUCCCAAUUCGGAUUCGUGAAGCCGGCAUGGCGCUCUCCACAGCCGUUUUGUGGUUCUUUAAUGCAGUCUUGUCGAUUACGUGGUUCCGUAUGAAACAGUCAUUCAAGCCUCAGGGAGCAUUCGGCUUUUAUGCUGCCUGGUGUGUCGUACUUUGGAUUCUUAUUUAUUUCCUUAUGCCGGAAACAAAAGCACUUACGCUGGAAGAACUCGACAUCGUGUUCAGUAUUCCGACGCGCAAGUUUGCCACCCACCAGCUCAAGCAAAUUCCAUACUUUAUUCAACGCUACAUUUUAAGACGCAACGUACGCAAGCAUCCUUUGCAAGCUAUGAACGAAGGCGUUGGCAUGGCUUAG